AUGGCACAACUACUACAGCCCACAUUUAGUCUUCAUGAUGAGGGAGACAAAUCAGUCCCAGUGGAACCGCACUUUCCUGAUGUGUCAAGCAAAAGCCAUGAAGAUGUGAAUGACAAUGAUGAUGAUGAUAAUGAUUCCAAUGACACGGAUGAAUCCGAUGAGGUUGUCACGGGUUUUCCCACAGACAUUCCAGUCACUGUACCAUUCCCCCCAUUCCCUUUCACCCGGGGAGACAACGCCGGCAGAGGCGACAGCGUGGCCUACAGGAUGAGGGCAAAGGCUGCACUGGUGAAGUCUAUCAAACUCCACAAAGAUGCAAAAAAGGUCAUGUAUGAUGCCACUGUGGAAGAUGAGAGCGAUCUGGAUGCAGACAGACAGCGAGCAGGGUUCUCCCGGGAGGAUUCUGCUUCCCGCUGCUCCCUGGAGAAGCAUGCCAUCAGCGUGGAAUGGUCUGACAAGAGCCACGGGCAGGACAGCAGCGAGCUGGACAGCAAUCAGCCUGACCGGAGCAUGGAAAACGACAGCAGGCAGAAAUUCGACAGGCAUGAGGCACACACAGCUGCACAGGUUUUCCAGUGAUGUAUCCUGAAGCAGCAUCGUCAUUGAGGAAACCUGCUGAACUCAGCCUUUGGGUAUUAAACCCCUUGAGGAAGCCUUCUUACCUCUUCCAGAGCUGUGAUCUCCUCCUGCCCAAUUUCACUAUCGUGCUACUGCUUCAGGCCAACGAAGUUGCAAAGAACUGCUACAA